AUGGCUGACCGACCUGCACCUCUCCGCCUCGGCACCGUCGCUCCCAACUUCGACGCCGAGACCACCAACGGUCCCAUCAACUUCCACGAGUUCAUCGGCGACAACUGGGUCGUCCUCUUCUCCCACCCAGAGGAUUACACUCCCGUCUGCACCACCGAGCUCGGCGCCUUCGCCAAGCUCGAGCCCGAGUUCACCAAGCGUGGCGUCAAGCUCAUCGGCCUGAGCGCCAACACCAUCGAGAGCCACGGUGGCUGGAUCAAGGACAUUGACGAGAUCUCCGGAUCUUCGCUCAAGUUCCCCAUCAUCGGUGACAAGGAGCGAAAGGUUGCGUUGUCAUACGACAUGAUCGACCACCAAGACGCCACCAACGUCGACAGCAAGGGCAUCGCCUUCACCAUCCGCAGCGUCUUCAUCAUCGACCCGAAGAAGACCAUCCGCACCAUCCUCUCCUACCCGGCCUCGACCGGCCGCAACACCGCCGAGGUGCUCCGCAUCGUCGACAGCCUGCAGACCGGCGACAAGCACCGCGUCACCACCCCGAUCAACUGGGUCCCUGGCGACGACGUCAUCGUUCAUCCCUCCGUCAAGGGCGCCGAGGCCGAGUCCCUCUUCCCCAAGAUGACUGUCGUCAAGCCAUACCUGCGCUUCACCCCUCUGCCCAAGGAGCAGACCAGCGCGGCGGUUUGA